AUGGCGGAAGGACAACAUCUCACGCUACAUCUCAACCUCGUGAUCGAAUGUCACAACCGCCUCCGGAACAAAAUACGCGUCGCACUGACGCCGGACGCAAUCCUCCUGUACUUCCUAAAGAAGAAACCGCCGAAAGCCAGUCGGGUCAUUCACGACGAUCACCGCCUCUCGCACAGUGCCGAAAUCCCUCCAAUCCAGCGCAGACCGACCUUCGACAGCAUAUUGAACGAAAUUGGGCUCGUCAAGAGUCAUCCGAACUUGAAACACUGCGACGAAGAAUAGCCGAGUUGGAAAGUCGGCAACGGGCACCUGAAGAUCCACCUCGGCGGGCCUCCACCUCGGCGCAAGUGUAUUUGGAAGCCGAUUCUCCCCUUACUCCGGAGCUCACUUCGGAACCAGUUCCUGGAAAAGUUAAGGUCCCCCAGAUCGGGCUAUAUGAUGGAACAUCUGACCCUGACUCACACCUCGGUCAUUAUACUUCAUGGAUGGAUCUGCAUGGGGCCUCAGACGCACUUCGGUGUCGUAUGUUUUCACUUACACUGGGGCCUCGGGCCCAAAAAUGGUACCAUUCUCUUCCUCCUCAUUUAAUUUGGAAGUGGCAACAACUGAGGUCGGCUUUCCGAUCUCACUUUAUCGGGGCUCAAGUAUGCCUUAUCCCAAAAGAGUCUCUUGCGAAUAUCACUCAAAAAGAUGAUGAGAGUGUCAAGGAUUAUAUUGCCCGUUUCAAUGACCGAUCGCCAGGGCACAACACAGACGAGUGUUUGAGUUUGUUAGCCGCAUUGUUGCGUUUGAUUGGCCAUCCGCAACUUACAAAAUUUUAUCGUAAUACUGAUCCUCAGAGGCAAGGUCCUGGACGCCAGAUCGAACCCUUUGAUGAUGAAGAUGAUGAGGAAGACCGAGGUGCUAUGCCAAAACGCAUCCGACAAGGAGAUAAGGAAGUAUUCAUGUUCACCUCGGAGAUGUCCGAUUCUAACUCUGCUGGAACUUCCCGAGGACGUAAACGAGAUAGGUCUCCUGAACCAAUACGAAUCACCGUCCACCGGGUCAAUACCAAUAACCCCCGGAGUACAUUGUCCCGUCGACAGGUCAAGGCAUAUGCCCGACGAGCGCACAACUCCGGCAAACAGGUUUACACUACCGAUUUGAGAGAUAUUCUCAACAAUCGGAAUUGCCCCAUAACCUUUAAUAUGGAGGAUGCUAAUCAUUUCGCCCAUCCUCAUUCCGACGCACUUGUUAUCACCGUCCCUAUAUGCGGGAUUCCGGUUCAUCGUGUCAUGGUGGACAGUGGGGCCUAUUCGAGUAUUUUGAUGUUAAGAGCUUUUGAUAAAAUGGGCCUUGAUCCCGCCGAGAUUCGACCCUGCAAUGAUCAAAUACAAGGGUUUAACGGGAGCAUUUCGAAGCCCAUCGGCGAAAUCACUUUACCUGUCCGAUUUGGCACUUCGGAGAAUGCCACCAAACUCGUCAUGGAAACUUUCAAGGUUAUGGAUAUCAAUAAUGAGUACAACGCCAUCAUUGGCAGAACGGCAUUCUAUAAACUUCGAGCUGCAGUCUCUAUCUUUCACUACGCCUUAAAAUUCCCGACAACCCGAGGAGAGGGAACCCACUUCGGAGAUCAAAGAGAAGCUCGCGAACUUGUUACUUUUAUCCCAUCCAAUGGAGUUCAUUCAACUUCAAUGG